CUACUCACUCUUGAGUUACCAUAGAAACCAUCACCAUGGCCUAAAACCAAAAAAUAAAUAAAUCCAGAAAUUAAAAACAUUGAAUCAACCAUUGUCAUCUGCGUGUUUUCUGAAAUACAGGCAGAUGAUGGUAUUAGAGAUGAUUGAAAGUAUUUACCCAUUUUAGAUGCUCCACUAGUUUAAGAAGAGCUCAAUAUAUCAAUGUUCUGCAGAACAAACAAAAAACUCAUAAUUAUUUAUGUAAUGGUUAUCAUAACGGGGCAAUAGUUCAAACUUCUUAUGGCUGCAGGGGCUGUAUCGAGUAGCUUGGAUGAAAGGUGCCCAGAGGAAACGGCCUGCUCCUCACCGUCGAAACCGGAUGCAGUUAAUUGCCCUCUUAAUUGGAGGUCCAAUUCACAAAUGUUAUCCACCCCAGCCCUCGAUUUUACAACCGAUUUUGCUCGAGGGAGCAAGUGAAGAACUUUAACCACUUGUGGGGUUGAUAUGACCCACAAUUCAAUGCAAACUUUAGUCACGUGUCAAACUCCGGCGUACAGGAAGUCUCAAAUGUAAUCAACAUGACUGCGUUUUUGGCAUGUCAGACAAAAUUACAAAACUAGAUUUCUAAAUAUAUAUAUAUCUAUAUAUAUAAAAUGUAGCUAGUUUCAUAAACAUAUUUUGGGGAAUUCUGAUAGUUAUUGGAAUAAAUGCCCAAACUAUAAAACUAGCUAGCUACCUGACAGUUACGUUAGUUUUAACUAGCUAUGUUCGCUUGCUAGGUACCUUUUUAAAUACGUUUUUAAGAUCAAUAUUUCCACCAAGGAGGUUGCCUCUCCAAUCAUCACUCUCACUCGAUUAGGCAAGGGACAUACGGUAUACUCGGAUUUGACGAUGUAAAACGUAAUUCGAGGGUUUAGGACCCAGGGCUGUAGUUUGUACUGCUGCCUAUGUAACGGAUGUGAAACGGCUAGCUUAGUUAGCGGUGUGCGCUAAAUAGCUUUUCAAUCGGUUACGUCACUUGCUCUGAGACCUUGAAGUAGUAGUUCCCCUUGCUCUGCAAGGGCCGCGGCUUUUGUGGAGCGAUGGGUAACGAUGCUUCGAGGGUGAGUGUUGUCGUUGUGUGCAGAAGGUCCCUGGUUCGCGCCCGGGUAUGGGCGAGGGGACGGACGUAAAGUUGUACUGUUACACCUAUAUAUGAUCAAAAUAGUCUAGGUGGGGUUCUCUCAUUGUCUCCUCUUUACAAGGAUUUUGAAACAAAAUACACAUUUACCCUGGGCAGAUGCCUACUUACAGUUUGGAUCAAAUCAAUUAAAUAAAGAUAGCUAGGAGACCAGAGUUGCCUUUUUCACCUGCACUGGUCUGAAAGCGCAAUAUUUUGGGCCUAUUCUAUGGGGAGAUUGUCUAGCCAAGCCAGCCCUAUCAAGUCGGUGCAGACAGAGAAAAUGUGAGGAAGCAAUAGACUUUAUACUCUUGGAAUGAUACACCCUCUGGUUAAAGUUUAUUUGGAGGCGUGCAGCUGUUAAACUUAUUCAUUUCUCUCCGUGAAAUCAGCACAGGUCUACUCUAGUAAGUAAUGGAGAUUCCAGUAUUCACUGUUGAUGCGUUUACCAACUUACCUUUCAAAGGAAAUCCUGCAGCAGUUUGUCUGCUUUUACAUGAAUUGCAGGAUGAUAUGUACCAGAACAUUGCUGCUGAGAUGAACCUGUCAGAGACUGCCUUCAUCAUACGGCUGAAUUCAAAACAUGACUUCAGCUCAGGAGCACGCUUUCGUUUGCGUUGGUUCACCCCCACCACCGAGGUUCCUCUGUGUGGCCAUGCCACCCUGGCUUCAGCUGCAGUACUGUUUUACAAAAAAAAAAAUGUCAACUCAACAGUGGUAUUUGAGACAUUGAGUGGAGAGCUGUAUGUGCGACAACAAGGGGAAUCUAUAGUGAUGGAUUUCCCCCUGAACAAACCUACUCCUGUGGUAGGGGAUGGAAUCAAUGUGGGUCUUAAUGAAUUUAAAGACCUAGUUAAAGCUGCUGUGGGAGACCAGCCGGUUCAAGAAGUGUGCCUCUGUGCCAUCACCAAAAUGCUAAUGGUCUGCCUUGCUGACAGUUGUGACAGGUCAGUGCUCACAUCCCUGCAGCCAGACCCAGCAGUUCUGCUUCGUGUAGACACUGGUGGGAGGGUUAGGGGUCUGCUUGUCACCAGUAUUGGAGACCCUGGCUGUCAGCCUGGCUAUGACUUCUACUCCAGAAACUUCUUCCCCUGGUUCGGGGUUCCUGAGGACCCUGUGACUGGCUCUGCGCAUACUGUCCUUGCAGGCUACUGGUCAGAGAAACUUGGCAAGAAAAAGAUGCUGGCCUAUCAGUGCUCUAGCCGUGGUGGCGAGCUGGAGCUUGAACUACAGGAUGAUGGCAGGCUCAAUAUCGCUGGCCAGGCGGUAACCGUCCUGCAGGGGAUUCUCACUGUGUAGAGACUAUGCUGUUUAUUCAGAACUAGCCAAAUGUUCAACAGGAACAUAGCAAUGAAAUGUUUUUAAAAAACUCUGACUGUGUCUACAAAUUAUUUGGGUUUUGAGAGAUUAUUCCAUUGUGUCAAGUUGUUAGUCAACAUUCAGCAUACAAUCCUCACUAUUUGUACAGUGAAGCUAAAAUUUUAAAUAAAAAUAAAAAAUUGGAU